AUGGUGCUCUUUGCGGGUGGCGACGACUCGUCCGACGCUCAACCCUACGACGCGAACGAGGAGGAGGAGGAGGGAAUCCCAAGCAGACCAGGAGCGGGCGCCGCGCUAUACCCGCAGUGCAGCAAUUGCUUUGCCCAGUGCACGGCUGAUGCGCUCAAUGACCAAGUAAUCCAGCUCGGCUGUUGGGAUAUCUGCUGCGUUGAGCGCUUCACAAGCGGGCUUGAGUCCUCUGGAUUGUGGUUGGGCACCGGCGCGCUCAACAGCGCCAUCGGAACCGCCGGCUCUAUGAGCAAGCAGUAUGUGCCCGGCGCCAGCCUGAUGGCCGGCUUCACCGGCAUGGCAGGCGACGGGAUGGCACUGAAUCCACUGACGCGUCCCUGCCCUGGCUAUGACUUCGCCUCGCGGUCGUGCCAGACGGCGUGCAUCUCCUCUUUCAUGACGAUCGCUUGGAAUGGAUGCCUCAUCCACCAGGCGGGCAACUGGCUUGGGGGGGUGGCUGGAGGCGCCCUAGGGGCGACAGGCGCCGUCGCAGGUGGCGCGGGUGGCCUGAUCGGGCAGGUUGGCGGCGCAAUCGUCGGUCGUGAUGGCAGUGCCCCGGAUGUUAACUCGACCCUGGCUCGCAGCCUGUCCAUCACCGGGACGGCGUAUGAUAUGGUCUCCGGCGCAGCCGGCGCGGCCUCGGACGCUGCGAUGGGUAUAACAGCCACGGCGGUGGGAGGCUCCGAGAACCUCGCAGCGAUCGCAGCGGCGAGUUCUUUGGGGUCAAAGACCGCGUUCGGAAAGUUGCAAGAGCAGUCAGAGCUGCCGGCAGACAUGACCGAGGCGGCCAUGAGCAAAGCCGAGACGGCCUUGGACCAAGCCACCACGUCAGCGACGACGACGGCAUCCGGCAUGCUCAGCCUAUUUGGCGGCGCGUUCAGCGCAACUGCCAACAGGUUUGCCGGACAGCCUUCGUCGCCACCAGCACCUCCUUCGCCGCCGCCGCCGCCAUCCCCCGCACCUGUGCCUCCCCCCGAACCCCCACCGCCCGUGCUUGAUGUCGUCUCGGGUGCCUGGUCGAGCGCUGCACAGCAUGGUACGAAGGCGCUGCAGACGAAUGCCCGCGCUGCCGUGGCGACAAUGAACGCGGCCAUGACCACGGCGUCUCAUACCGGGGCGGUGGUAGACACUCUCGCCGAGACCAGCUCCAAUUUCCUUCCGGUGGUGGGGCUGCCAUUCAGUGUGCUUGGCGAGUCUUUGCGUGAGGAGCCGCUUGCCGCUUCAAAGGACUCUGCGCGACUACCCGUGACGCACUCCUCUGCCGCCGCCGCAGCAGCCUUUCUUGCAUUUGGCGGUGCCGCUACCACGAUAAUUGGCAUUAUUCUUGCCAGGGCAUGGCGGCACACGCGCAGCAGCAGAAGGAUGAACCGGGAAUCGGUGUGCGUGUAG